AUGAGGAAGAUCUUCAAUUCUGGGGCCGACCAGGUCCUGGCAAAGCCCCCGCCCAAGCUGGUUGUGACGGUCCACAUCGUCUUGCCGGCGCAUGGGCGCGGCUUCAAAGAUGUCGACCCCUCAGAUGUCGACACCAGGGCCUUGCUUUCGCGGGUCGCCAAAGACCACAAGGUGAAGAUCGACGCCGAGGAGAGUGACUCGUUCGUCACGGUCACCGUCAAAGCCACCCACAGACCAGCGGCUAAAGACGCCAUUGCUGUGCUUCGGGAGCGACUGUUAUACCAGCCCGGUGAAGAGGCCGUGUGGCGCACCCAACUGAUGGUCCAUCCCCCGAAGGCCGGCAAAUCGUACUUCACUGCAGUCCUCCAGCACAAAGAGGGCACCAUUGGCCGGCGCGUCGUUGCGCAAGAAACCACUGGCCUCAAGCCUGUCAACACAGAUGACGUUGCGGCAGUCGAGCUCGAGUACAGGGACGAGCUGACACGGAGCCUGGAUCUCACUGCUAAGAUCCUCAGACAGAACCCGAAUGGCAUGCGCAUGAGGGUACUUUUUGGCACCCUUGUUCUCGACGAAUGGCCGAAGAACAAGACCGAUUACAACUUCGCCGAGUUAACAAAUCUGGUCCACCGCGCUGGAGGCAGAGGCACAGCCCACAUGGAACUCACACUCAAUGAGAUCUCCGUAAAGACUCUCAGGGGCCGUCUUACAUCCUCUAACAUGGAGCUUCCUGAAUCGGUGCGAGAGUACCUCGAGCUAGAGCUGGAGCAUGCCCACUCUCUCAUUGUGGAGACCAAAAACUUGCGUGUUGAAUCGACCCUGGAGCCCGUCCAAGCCCAGGGAAAUUGGAAAGAGAGUACGAAGGAAUCUCGCCAAUUCACUCUUGGUCCAUUCAAAACCUCGCUGCAAGAGAAGCAGCCGAAAAAGGCGGAAAUCGCCACCGCGUGUCCAGAGGGUCUCCACGACUGGGCGCUUGAAAUUCGCCACAGAAUCGCCGACGAUGUCAAGAAUUCAGCUCCUUUCACGGUUCAGGAACUGGAGCGGAAUCUUCGAUUCAAGGGAGAUGCGCUCCGAGACGAUUUCCCUGAUGUCACUAUUUCUCCCCAAUUCCUCUCGCGUCACGACGUGACAAAGGUCUACAGCAAAGAAACGUGGCGGUACAUGCUCAGCAUGAGAUACGUGGUGGAGAUUAACUUGUUUCGUGAGAUGGGCCAGCAGAAGUCGGCAGUGGCACCGGGCGCGAGGGGCACGGUGGCGCUCUAUAGCGAAGACUGGGACGAAGACAUGCGGGCGGGUGCGCUGCCGCCGCGGCAGUGGAACGACAGCUUUUCCGAGCAAUUUUUGCGGCAAUCUGACGGAGAAACGGCGCCGGGCGAGCUGCCCGGCCAGGCGGCGCAGCCGAUGGAGCACUUGCUCCUAUGGAUCAAGUGGAUCCGGUCUGUGCUCGAUGAAUCGGUGGACGGCAAGGGAUCUUCGGGUACGAUGUGA